AUGGCUGAAAAUCAAAGAAGAAUGGAAGAGUUAGGGAUAAAGAAUCUUGCUUAUGAGGUAACCUGUUCAAGAAAGGACCAGAAACGGAGGGAGAUAAGCAAAGUUAUUUCUAAGGAUGAUGUAGCAAAUGAUGAUGAGUACGUCCCUGAUGAAGAGGAACACGAACCAGAAAAGUCAAGUAACGAGAAUGAUGCAUAUCAUAGGAGAAGAUUGAGCUCUCGUUCAACGAAGGUGGUGGCAGUAAAAGGAAGUUCUGGUAAAGGGUUUGAGAAACCGCACUCCUCAAUGGCGAGUUUACUGAACAUGCACCGUCAAACUCUCGGAGUGCAAGAAAAGCUCAGGAAAGAUGGCGACGAGAAAGAAAUGAAUUCAUUAGAAAUAGUUCAACGAGACACUACUGGUGAAAAGGAGCACCCUAAACAAGAUAAAUGGACUGAAAGAUUAUCCAGACUGACUAAAUGUCACCAAAUGAAAGCAGUGGUACACAGUAAACUGCAAGGCAAAGAUAUUAUAAGCAACACCUCCUCCUCCAAGAAGACUGCACAAAGCAAAGUGUUGGUCUCGCCUGGCUCACUUAGUGCUUAUGUUAGGAUGAGGAAAAGCUCAACGGCAGAAAAAGAACCGCAAACAAUCACUGGGAAUGUUUCAACAAGGAAAGGCCAUUUGUUUGAUGAUGUAGGCGGUAUUGGAGUAGGUUUAGUUGAAGAAAAUGAAGCUGAUGAAAGCUUACAUGAGUAUGUUUCUGAAGGAGAAGGAGAAGAUGAUAUGAAUCCAAAAGAAAUCGAAAAUGAUGUUGUGGAGAUUGUAAACGAGCCAUUUUCUGACCAAGAACCACAAACUCUUCCAGUUACACUUAAAAAGAAACAAACAAGGGGACCAAGUUUGUGCAAAGAUAUCCACGACCGCACUCUUGACAAUCGUUUGCCUAUCAUUUUGAAUGAAUUGUGUCAACCAAUUGGACCAGAUAAGGCAACUUUGGAUAAGUUUAGUCGUUUUUUGGGAUCAUUAGCUCGUGAUUCGAAUCUUGCACCCUUAAAUGAAAUUAAUUGGACUCACGUUCGCGAUAAAGACAAGAUUUGGGAAUAUGUCAAGAAAAAGUUCAUCAUAGCAGAGGAAGGCAAGACAUAUGUGUUGCAAUCCAUUGGAGCUUUAUGGCGUACUCACAAAUCCAGAGUUAAAAAGAAAUAUUAUUACAAUUCUACCUCCCAAGAUACAAAUGGUGAAAACAAAUCGAUUCCUGAUUCUCAUCUGAAGGAUUUGCUAAAAUAUUGGGAUCUAGAGGAGGUUCAGAUGAUAUCUGAAAAGAGAAAAGCAGCCUCCCAAAGUCAGAAAAAUAGACACACUAUGGGCCCCGUUGCGUUUGCAAGAAAGCGUCAUGAGUUGAAACAAGUUGAUGGGAAACAACCUUCUCUGGAAUUGAUGUAUACGGAGACACAUAAGAGAACUUCUGGUAGAAAGUACAAGACGCCUGAAAUAAAUGAUGAACUUUCCGACUCUAUUAGCAAUGGACUUCUCGCGGGUGUUUUAAAAGUUUUUGAACAUCUCCCUGUUGAGAAUUCAUUGAGCGUUCAAGAAUUAGCAAAACAUCUCAUAAGGGAGCAAUUGUCUGGAGAUAUCAACAAUGAUGAACUUCCUCAGGACGAGGGAAAUGAAGAUGGAGGGAGUGAAGCAAAUGAUGAUGGUGAUGAUCAUGGCCAUGGUGACCGUGUCGAGAAGUGA